CAAACAGCAGCAACCCUAUUUUGCGUCUGUUUUAAUUUUCCUGUUUGUCUGAGCACUAGGUGCAAUUUCAAAGUGAUUGUCGUACUCACUAAGUUUACCAAUUAAGCAGCAAAAUGACCAAGAACCGGGUUUAUGUUGUCGGUGUGGGCAUGACCAAGUUCGAGAAGCCCGGCCGCAGAGCUGACGUUUGCUACCCGGACUUUGCCAAGGAAGCCAUCACCAAAGCUUUGAGUGAUGCGGGAAUCAAGUUCGAGGAAGUGCAGCAGGCUGUGGCUGGCUAUGUCUACGGAGACUCCACCUGCGGUCAGCGAGCUAUUUACGAAGUGGGCAUGACCGGUAUCCCCGUUUACAACGUGAACAACAACUGCUCCACUGGAUCGAGUGCUCUCUACCUGGCCAAGCAGAUUAUCGAGAGCGGAAACUCGGACUGCGUCCUGGCAUUGGGCUUCGAAAAAAUGGAACGAGGAUCCCUCUCCUCAAAGUACUUUGACCGUGCCAACCCCAUGGAGCGUCACAUCUCCGAGAUGAGCGAACUGACUGAGAUCGGAGCUGGACCAAUGGCUGCCCAGAUCUUUGGCAACGCUGGCAAGGAGCACAUGAAAAAAUACGGAACCAAACCAGAGCACUUUGGAAAGAUUGCAUGGAAGAACCACAAGCACUCCGUCAACAAUCCCUACUCGCAAUUCCGGGAUGAGUAUACCCUGGAGCAGAUUAUGAAGUCACCCCAAGUGGUAGAAGGCGUUCUGACUAAGCUUCAGUGCUGUCCCACCUCUGAUGGAUCCGGAGCAGCCAUCCUGGCCUCCGAGGCAUUCGUCCGCCGCCACGGGCUGGAGAAACAAGCUGUGGAGAUCGUGGGCAUGGAGAUGGCCAGUGACCCGGAAUCAACUUUUGCCGACAAGAGUCUGAUGAAAAUUGCAGGCUACGAUAUGACCCGCCUGGCUAGCCAACGCCUGUUUGCCAAGAGUGGCUACAAGCCUCAGGAUGUACAGGUGGUGGAGCUGCACGAUUGCUUCUCCGCGAAUGAGCUUGUUACCUACGAGGCUCUUGGCUUGUGCGGAGAGGGUCAGGCCGGCGCUUUUAUUGAUCGAGGAGACAACACCUACGGUGGAAAGUUUGUGGUGAACCCCAGUGGAGGUCUCAUCUCGAAGGGACAUCCCCUGGGAGCCACUGGUCUAGCUCAGUGUGCCGAGCUCUGUUGGCAGCUACGAGGUUUGGCUGAGAAGCGUCAGGUCCCCAACGCCCAGUUGGCGCUGCAACACAACCUUGGCUUGGGCGGAGCUGUCGUAGUGGCGUUGUAUCGUCUGGGUUUCCCCGCUGCUAACAAUGUGGUGCGUAAUCUGACGGCUGCCGGCAAGGCUGCCACCAGUGAGGAGGGCUUUAAGGUAGCACCGCUCUUGAAGCUAUUGGAGCAGGCAAUGCAGGAGGACAAGGAAAAUCUUAUUGAGAAGGUGCGUGCCAUUUACGGCUUUAAGGUGAACAACGGCCCCAAUGGUCAGACCGGAUAUUGGGUAAUUGAUGCAAAGCAAGGCAAGGGAAAGAUCAUCUUUAAUGGAACCCAAAAAUGUGAUGUUACCUUCAUCAUUAGCGAUGAUGAUGUCUUCGAACUGCUCACUGGCAAGCUGCCGCCCCAAAAGGCCUUCUUCCAGGGAAAGAUCAAGAUCCAAGGCAACAUGGGCUUUGCUAUGAAACUAAUGGAUCUUCAACGAUCAGCUCAGGGAAGGAUUGAAGAGCUGCGUUCGAAGCUGUAGAGCGUUCUGUGACUCCGCACCUUUAGUCAUAUUUUUGUGGCCUUGGACUGGUUAAAUACCGAUUUUAUGCAGCAUUCUCUUUACUAGAUUUGUAUUAAUGACGGAAGGUGGAGAAAAUAUUUUGUUUUUGAAUUAUUUCACUAUUAUAUUACCACAUUUUAUUGAUUAAAAUGUAAAAUUAUUGAUAAAUUAA